AUGCUUGUUGAUAUUUUUUCGUCGUUUGAUGACCAUAAUCAAGUUUUUAUGUCUAUAUAUUUUUUUACAUGGAUAUUUACUUUUUUUAUUAUUUUAAUGUUUAGAGUAACUUAUUGAUUUUAUAGUCCUCGUUGGGAGACAAGAAUUAAAAUUUUUAAAAUUACUAUUUCAUCUCAAGUUUUUCGUUCUUUUGGUGCUAGAUUGGGUGGUUUUAUAGUAAUAAUUUCCAGUUUAUUUUUAUUCCUAAUUUUUUUAAACUUAUUAGGUUUAAUUCCUUAUGUGUUUAGUCCAACUAGUCAUCUGGUAGUUUCUCUAUCUAUUGGCUUACCUAUAUGAUUAUGCCUUAUUGUAUCAGCUGUUAUAUAUAAUUUUAGGUCUGUUGUUGCUAGUUUACUACCAAUAGGGGCUCCUGCUGCUUUAAAUCCUUUUUUAGUUUUAGUGGAAUCUGUAAGUAUUUUUGUACGUCCUAUUACACUAUCUGUUCGACUUAUAGCUAAUAUAAGUGCUGGACAUAUUGUUUUAGGACUUGUUGGAAAUUAUUUGACCGCUGCCUUAUUUUCAAUUUCUUUAAGAACUAUAUUACUAUUAGUUUUAAUUCAGGUUUUUUAUACUAUUUUUGAGUUUGGUAUUAGCUUAAUUCAAGCAUAUAUUUUUUGUUUAUUAAUUACACUGUAUUCUGACGAACAUCCACAUAAUUAG